CAAAUCGUGGAUUUUGGAUUGGAUCUUCUAUGUCAAGUCAGACCAAAAUUGGAUAAUAUUGCGACGUUUUCUAGUUUUUGAUCAUUUUACUUUGAACGACCUGUGUUUUGGUCCAGAGCGUCAUCGAUGCAUGCUGCAAUAGACUGAAAAGAAUUACAUUACUGUUUUUAGGUUGAUGAUUUUUGUGCUGUUUGUUUCAGAUUUGACCCCAAUUAAAAAAAAUAAUUACUUCAAAACUUUAAUGAUUUUAUUACUUUUCUGUAUUUACAGUUCAUUAACUCAACACAAGAUGCGACGCUCCAGAGAAGUCAGUUGAAAUGCCAAUUUUGUGGAUGGAUUGCUCAAAGACCGGAAAGCCUCCAAGCCCAUUUGAAGAAACACAUGGGGCAAAAACCCUAUGAGUGUGAUCUUUGUGGUGUGUCCUGCUCGUACAGAAGUGAACUUAAAGUUCAUAUGAGAAUCCACACAGGAGAGAAACCACAUGCCUGUCAAAUCUGUGGGAAGGGUUUUGCUCAGAGCGGAACAUUGAGAAGACACAUGAUUGUUCAUAUGUCAGAAAAUAGAACUAAUUUUCCGUAUUUACAGCGUGUCUCAACAUCACCAAUAGAAACUUUGACCAAAAUCAGGAAGAAUUAUUCGACGAUGUGUCAGGUUUGUGGAUAUAGUGCGCUUGAUUAUGCGGAGAUGAGAGUUCAUAGAAGAAGCCACCAGGUGGACCGCCCCUUCAAGUGUGAUUUUUGCAGUUAUUCGGCUUAUCAGAGGUGUGAUUUACGAAAGCACAUAAGGACCCACACAGGAGAAAAACCAUAUAAAUGUGACAUAUGUAGCAAAGCAUUCACGCAGACAUCUCAUCUGAGGCAGCACAUGGUUCACAUAAGGACCCACACAGGAGAAAAACCAUAUAAAUGUGACAUAUGUAGCAAAGCAUUCACGCAGACAUCUCAUCUGAGGCAGCACAUGGUUGUACAUCUGAAAUUGCAACUUUAA